AUGAAUCGGGUGCUUCGUGGAGUGGUGAAAUUUCGUCAAACAAUCAGGAAAGAUCUUAUUAAACAAUUCGAUGAAGUCAGCAAUCAUCCAAAGCCAACGGCGGUGAUGUUCACGUGCAUGGACUCUCGAAUGCUGCCUGCUCGUUUCACCCAAUCGAAUGUCGGUGACAUGUUUGUGGUGCGGAAUGCUGGAAAUAUGAUUCCCGAUGCCCCUCACUAU